AUGAAAAGGGAUAACUCAACCGCCGUGUUUCUGCCUGUCAGUCCCUCAGCCAUGGUUAAAAGAGAGAAGACACUGGCUGCUGCCACUGACAAACUAAUGAUGAAGCACACUGAUCCUGCUUUCACAAAGGUCCCACAGCAGACCGAUUUGGACCAGAAGCUGUCUGUGUGCAGUAAAUUGUGUUUUGCUAUUGGAGGAGCUCCAAACCAGGUCGCCGGGAGUGCUACUGCUUUCUUCUUGCAGAUUUACCUGCUUGAUGUGGCACAGGUUAAUCCAGUGCAGGCCUCCAUGGUACUGUUCAUUGGUAAGGCAUGGGGAGCUGUGACAGAUCCCAUUGUAGGUUUCUUCAUCACUAAAAGCAGAUGGACAAAAAUUGGAAGACUCAUGCCAUGGAUGGUGGGCUGCACUCCGUUUGUGGCUGUCUCCUAUUUCUACCUUUGGUUUGUCCCUCCUUUUACCAAUGGAAGAUUCAUCUGGUAUCUUGGUUUUUACUGCCUGUACCAGACACUUAUCACCUGUUUCCACGUGCCGUACUCGGCUCUGACCAUGUUCCUGAGCACAGACCAGCGGGAACGAGACUCAGCCACAGCCUACCGGAUGACGAUGGAAGUUCUGGGCACACUGCUUGGUGCUGCUAUCCAAGGCCAGAUUGUAGCUAAAGCACACACUCAGGAACACUGCCCCCAUCACAAUGUGACAGCUGCUCACCUGGGAAACGCCAGCGGUGCUGAGGUCAUCAAAAGCCUGGCCCAAUCACAGGACUUCCUCUCUCACGCAAAGGAAGUGUAUAUGAUUGCUGCUGGGGUGAUAAGUGGACUGUUUCUCAUCUGUACGGUGGUGAUGUUCCUUGGGGUUAAGGAGAAAGAUGAUCCAUAUGCACCGAAGACGGAGAAGACGAUUCCUUUCCAUAAGGGCUUCAUUUUAGUAAUGAGACAUGGACCAUAUGUCAUCCUCACUGCUGGUUUCCUCUUCAUAUCUGUAGCCAUCCAGCUAAUUCAGAGUAACUUCGUCCUAUUCUGUACAUAUGCUGUGGAUCUACAAAAACACUUCCAGAACAUUGUGCUGACCAUCCUGAUAUCCGCAGUGGUGAGCAUACCAUUUUGGCAGUGGUUUCUCCAGAAGUUUGGAAAAAAGACUGCAGCAUUUUGCGGCAUCACUUGGAUCAUGCCUUUCACUGUGAUGCUGGUGAUCAUCCCCAAUGUUACCGUGGCAUACGUGGUGGCCGUGUCCUCUGGCCUCAGCGUAGCUGCAUCUCUACUGUUACCAUGGUCAAUGCUCCCAGAUGUUGUGGAUGAUUUCAGGCUGGCAAACCCCAACUCAAAGGGUCACGAGGCCAUCUUUUAUUCCUUCUACGUUUUUUUCACUAAGUUUGCUGCUGGAAUCUCUCUUGGUGUGUCAACGCUGUGUUUGGAGUUUGCUGGCUAUGACACCGGUGCGUGUAAACAGCCCCCUCCAGUGGUCUAUACACUGAAGCUCCUCAUCGGUGCAGCUCCUGUUGCUUUCAUCAUCACUGGCCUGAUGAUCCUACUGCUCUACCCCAUCAGUGAAGACAUCCGGUUACGAAAUAAACUCGCUCUCGAGGACCUCAGGACACAAGGCUUGGGCUGCAGAUCAGAGAACCUGAGUACUGCAUAG